CCAAUUUCUACGCCACUGUUGAUUCUCCAACUCUCCCCCUUUCAAUUCUCGAUACCCUCCCUCAUGGCUACAGCGAUGGUUCUCGACCCCAAACCUACUCCAUCCCUGCCGCCGCCGACGCGACCUCUGGCAGAAUCGGACGCGUCUUCCCUCUCCACUGACCUGGAGGAUGAUUUGUACUCCCGGCUGAAGACGCUGCAGAGGCAGCUAGAGUUCUUCGAGAUACAAGAAGAAUACGUUAAGGAUGAACUUAAGAAUCUCCGGCGAGAGUUGCUGCGUGCGCAGGAGGAAGUGAAGAGGAUCCAAUCGGUGCCCCUCGUCAUUGGCCAGUUCAUGGAGAUGAUCGAUCAGAACAACGCUAUCGUUGGGUCGACUACGGGAUCGAAUUAUUAUGUGAGAAUUCUCAGCACUAUCAAUCGGGAGCUUCUCAAGCCCUCCGGAUCCGUCGCCCUCCACCGCCACUCUAAUGCCCUCGUCGACGUCUUGCCCCCCGAAGCCGACUCCAGUAUUUCUCUUCUCAGCCAAUCGGAGAAGCCCGACGUUAAUUACACCGAUAUUGGCGGAUGUGACAUUCAAAAGCAAGAAAUUCGUGAGGCUGUAGAAUUGCCUUUGACUCACCAUGAGUUGUACCAGCAGAUUGGUAUCGAUCCUCCACGUGGUGUGCUGCUCUAUGGUCCACCUGGCACUGGGAAAACCAUGCUUGCGAAGGCUGUCGCUCACCACACAACUGCAUCAUUCAUCAGAGUUGUGGGUUCAGAAUUUGUUCAGAAGUACCUGGGAGAGGGCCCAAGAAUGGUUCGUGAUGUUUUCCGUUUAGCCAAAGAAAAUGCACCUGCAAUUAUUUUCAUUGAUGAGGUGGAUGCCAUAGCUACAGCUAGAUUUGAUGCACAAACUGGAGCUGACAGAGAGGUUCAGAGAAUUCUCAUGGAACUGUUGAAUCAGAUGGAUGGAUUUGAUCAAACAGUUAAUGUAAAGGUUAUCAUGGCCACUAAUCGUGCUGACACUUUGGAUCCUGCUCUUCUGCGUCCUGGAAGACUUGAUCGUAAAAUUGAGUUUCCUCUACCAGAUAGACGGCAAAAAAGGCUCGUUUUUCAGGUUUGCACUGCAAAAAUGAAUUUAAGCGAUGAAGUGGAUUUGGAAGACUAUGUAUCUCGGCCAGACAAAAUUAGCGCAGCUGAGAUUGCAGCUAUUUGCCAAGAAGCAGGAAUGCAUGCAGUGAGGAAGAAUCGGUAUGUUAUACUCCCCAAGGAUUUCGAGAAGGGUUACAGAUCCAAUGUGAAAAAGCCCGACACUGACUUUGAUUUCUACAAGUGAUCAAUCAGCAUGUGCUUGAAAACUUUAAAGUGAGUAAUCGAUCAUACUCUCCAGAAUAUGUUAAAUUGAUUAUUAUCUCACUCUACCAUGAAAAACAAACUACUGUUUUAUAUGAUUUUCGGUAUUUCUGAUU